GGCCUACAUCAUCCCGGACAAAACAAUGGGGAAUUGACGACGAUGCGGUCUAUCAACAUACGAGUCCUCAUGAGGUGGAGAGCGAGGUGGUGGUGGUAGGGAGUCCUCCGAAGACAGUACGCGUGACAAAAAACGGCGCUGGCAAAUGGAUACGAGUCGAAGAAGACGUAGAUGGCAAUUGUCGGGGGUGCAAAGAGAUUCGAGAGAAGGAGAGAAACGGGGAAUAUAGGUAUGAAAAUGCCUAUAAGACUGGUAAGUUGGUUUCAUGUUGUUGUUUGUGUUGUCGCUUUGUUCGCCCCCCUCCCCCUCCCCGUCUCCCUGUCCGCUGUGGCGGUUCCUACUAUAGGCGGUUUAGGGGCCGUCGAUAGCGCCAUGUGGCCCUGCCCGUCCGCUAGUCACGACUAUCCACCCCUAUCCACACCCCUGGAGCUUCGGCCUACCUUACUCCGUACAGUGGGGUCACUGGGAACCAAUCACGCCAACGGUGCAUUCCGUCAUUUACGCCAAACCGACUUGGUCUUGGACCCCAGAUUUCCAACUAUCUUUAUUACCUGGGGAGAGAGUCAUGUUAAUUACCAAAGAUCCUCUUCUCUCUUGCUACCAAUUUUCCUUCGGGCUUUUCUUUUUUCUUUUUCCUUUCUUUUCUUUUAAUUUUGACUUGUCUAGUUUCCCUACUCCCCCAUUGAAGCGUCAUGCCGUGAAGAAUCAGCUGCGCUGACCAUCAUCUUCUCCCCCCCUUCCCCGAAGGUAUCAGCGCGAAAUUGGUUCGUCUCGACGAUAGCUACCAGAAGAAUAGCUCCAGCGACCACGGCUCCGACUCGGACCCCGGGUCUGAAUUCGACAAAGACAGAGACA